UCAAGUUUAUAACGCAUAUACUUAAAAAAGGAUAAUAUUUUAUUUUAUCGUUUUUGAAGUCGGUUUACUUUUUUGUAAAAAGUUUUAAUUUAAACAUGUGACUAAGGAAGAGUCAUAAGUGCCGUCAUUCGGUACACACUCGUACAAUCAAUUAAUGUGAAACAUACCUACAUAUUUUAUACAUAAUUUUAAAAUCGGUUAUUGAAGACUGAUGAAUAAAUCAAUGCUCACUUUGAAGCCAUCGUAGGGUUUCCCGGUAUUGUGGUUACGGUGUUAGCCACCAAAUAUUGUUUCGCGUUCAUUAUUAGGAAGUGCUGUAAUAAAGUAUCAAUUACAACUACAACUAGCCACAUGAAACCCUUCAAAAAAUUACCAAUUUGUUCAAACUACCAAUAGACCAAAUUAUUUUGUAUAACGGAAAAUAACAUCAUUUAAUUUGGAUUUGUGCUUAGCCUAUCACUGUAGACGGAUCUUUGUAUUGUGCACGAGGGAGUGGUUAGACUCACUUAUAAUGCCAGACUUUGAAAUUAAGAAAAACAUACCCUAGUUCACGCCACUGACAUUGCAGGCUUUUCCGACUAGACGAUUGCGCGCGGAAUUAUAGUCGAAAAUAUCGUAUUAACAAGGGUUAUUUUGAGGGUUGUUUUAUGAAACCUAUGCGUGUUCGUUGGAAGUGAAAGAGAAGGCGCUAGCUAAGGGGGUGGCGCUUAAGCGGGUGAAAACUGCUUGCACCAGUUAUCUUCGGGACCUCGACGGCGCCGGGCGCGAUCCAGCCGCGCGUCAAACGUCGGCUCCAAAACUUUUCACGAUUUUUCCGAAAAAUAUUCUUUAGCUCCAGAGUUGACCGCCCCUUUAAUCACUUCUUUGCGUGUGUCGAAUGCAACCGAAAAGAGCGUUUAACGUGUGUUUUAUGGUUAAGUUUGUUUUUAACGAUAAAAUGUUAUGGUUACGUGCUUCCCUGGUUUUGGAAAGUAAUAUUUCUAUGUAUGAGAAUUGUUAGAGAUUUCUUCAGUUUACUAGCACGGACUUGUUAAAUUAAAGUAAAACGUAAAACUUGUAUUUUUAGUUCCAUUCGCGACUUUAGAGGUUUAUGUUAACCAAACGUAUGUUUUAAAUAUAACUACGAUGAAAUGAAUACUGGAUAAAAGAAGAAAAUGAGUCACUUCACGUUAUUGAAGAGUGGGAAAGUUCUUUUGGCUUUGCUAGUGCUGGAUUGGUUGUUUGCCGGAAGCACAGAUGCUACAACCCACGAGCCGGGCUUUACCGGGCCCAUCACGAACGUCACCGCGCCACUGGGCCGUGAGGCGAUACUCGCCUGCUCCGUGCACAACCUUUCCACUUAUAAGGUGGCGUGGCUCCGAGUAGACACGCAGACCAUCCUCACGAUCCACAUCCACGUAAUAUCACGAUCCCGCCGUGUAGGGGUGACCCACAGCGACCACCGCACCUGGUUCCUGCACAUUCGCGAGCUGCGAGAGACCGACCGUGGCUGGUACAUGUGCCAAAUCAACACCGAUCCUAUGAAGAGCCAGCUUGGGUAUUUGGAUGUCGUGGUUCCGCCGGACAUUUUGGAUCGUGGAACGAGUCGCGACCAGACGGUUCGUGAAGGGGCCUCCGUCAGUCUGACUUGUGCCGCCACAGGCUCGCCGCAGCCGCAGAUCGUGUGGAGGCGCGAACAUUCCAAGCCUAUCGUCCUAUCUGAUGGAAUACAAGUGUCUUCCCUAGAAGGGCCAGUGUUGAACAUAAGCCGAGUGAGCCGCCAACAUGCUGGCGCCUAUCUGUGCAUAGCGUCAAACGGCGUUCCGCCCACGCUCAGCAAGAGGAUCAUGCUCACCGUAGAGUUCCCGCCAGUGAUAACGAUAAGAAACCAGCUGGUUGGCGCGGCGUUGGGCUCGGAUCUGGUGCUGGAGUGUGACACAGAAGCUUACCCCAAGCCGGUUAGCUACUGGAGCCGAGAGAACGGGGAAAUUGUUCCUGUUGGUGGAGGUUUAGAGCCCCAGAAGUUCGACGGGGCGUUCCGGUCAGUGAUUCGGCUGCCGAUCAAACGCGUAACGAGCGCUGACUACGGCGCUUACAAGUGUGUCUCCAAGAACGCCUUGGGCGACACCGAGGGCACCAUCAAACUUUAUCCUAUGCCGCAACCUUCACUGGACAAGAAAAAUGCUGUCCAAAGGCUGAACAUAGUUGCUGAUAAGGCGUCAGAAAUAACGCCUUUCGGUACACAAGAUUUCAGACUACAAGACUACAACAGAGCAAUCUCGGUGGAUGGAUGCUGUUUUGGUUUUUUGAUCUCAUUCUUAGUUAUUUUAAUGAAAACAUUAACGUCUCGAGGGUGAUAUCGAGAAAGAUGUAUAUAAAUAGCUGGAUAUCCACCCAAUGAUCCCAAUUCGGAACAGCUCCACGUCUCAUGAUCCGGUCAGUACGGCUCGUGGUUCGGGGGUAUCCAACGAGCGAUAAAGAGCACUCGCCUCGGGCGUAACAUUUCAACAGGUGGAUACCCAGCAAUUUAUUAAAUAAAUAUUGCUUUGUUGUCUCUGAGACUGAUUGGCAGCUGUACACGUAUGGUUGCUGCUUAAGGGUUAUUCGCAGUAUUUUGAAUUAUACAAUUAAGCUCCUUAGCGAAUGAAUUGUAAAUUGUAAAGAAAUAUGUCCUACUUAAUAUAGCUGUCUGAUUGUAUUGCUUAUGUAAAAAAAAAUAUCUUUGUGGAGUUGGAUACAUUGUUUUAAGAGGAAUUAAGCUGAUAUUAGGUAUGAAUAAUUGUAAAACAAACAAUUUUAGAUGAUUAUUAUCGCAUAAUCUCUUACUCAUUGCUUGAUGAUAUCAGCAUUAAUCAGAAAUUUGCAUACCUACCUAUCACCUAACAUGAGAGUACCUAUAGAAAUAAUGUUUUGUUUUAGGUGUAAAUUGCAUAAAUAUUCGUAAUAAUAAACGGUGGAAAUAAGAACAAUUAUUUUUGAUGACAACUAUUGUUUUAUGUAUAAUUAGUGCUUAUUUUCAGUCGUACAGUUGUAAAUCAAUCAAUUAAAUGAAAUGUAAAGUGAUUUUAGGUCAGAGUUCAUUAAUAUUUAAUUAUUUAUUUAGAUGGUAGGUUUAACUUCAUAGCUUUAUUAUAUCUUUGAAAUUAACAUAUCUUUUGAAUUUAUUUUGAAGAAUGUAAAAAUGUAAAGAUUACUAUAAACAAAACUAGCAUAAAUAUAACGUCACAGGUAAUUUAAAACAGAAUUAGCAUAUUAUUUCAUAUUAUUAUAAGUAGCUCAUGUAGGUACAAUGAAAUUCCAAUGCAUUCAAUAAAUUUACAUAUCGUCAUUAGGAUUGUGUUGUAGUAAUUCCAACCUUGAUCAAUUAUUACUAGUUAUAAUGUUGACGCAGGGACUAUGUCAAUUUACAAUUAAUUAAUUAAUUACUUUCAGUCUCGUCUAAAUUUAAUACGAGCUUUGAUGACGUUAUGUAACAAAAAUAGAAAUCAACCUUGUAUGGCAUGAGAAACUCUUAAAAAUUGUACAUCGUCACUUUAAAUAUAUAUCAGCUACCAGGUCAAUUACAAUGAUUAUAAAGAGAGAAGUAUUUUUUACUUGAGACAAACCAUCUACUGCUUCGGCCAACGAGUUUUUGUUACGGAACAUUGAAGAACUAAUUUACAUUUAGGGCGUAGUUAAGAGGGUAAAUAAAGGUGAACGCGCCAGCAACUGUAAAAUUCUGAAUUGGGAUGAAACUUUUAUGCCCAAAUAAACUCAUAUUUUAACUACUUCUACGAUAACAUUCAAUUUCUUUGUUCUUAAUAUAAAAACCUGAUAUAAUUUCCACAAAACAGGCUAAUCAGCUUACUAAAACCAUAGAAAGCUUUGAAAAAUUAAGGUUAGGUGUAGACCUUUUAAACUAAGGCGGUUUAUAAGAAUUUAUUAUGGUCAGCUACGGACAGGUUGAAAGGCUUGGCUGCAUGGAGCUGGUGUGUUUUAAAUAUGUAAUGUACCAACAUGUUUUAGUCCCCGGACUCAGCUAACCUUCUACUAGAAAAUCAUCGCACACCUUCAUUACCAACCACCUGAGAUAAAUGGUAUACUUAAAUUCGUCGGUCGCCUCUGGUCGGCUUCUCACUGAUGCUUUUCUAUUGUAGCUUUGACUCCGCUACGCGAGAUAGUGACAAUAUCAGAGAACAGAUGUCAUUUAUUACUUACUCUGUACUAAUCUUCUGGUGGACAUAGAUCUCUCCCAUUUCACAUUUGCAUUUCUCCCAUCGAGCACGAUCCGCGGCCACACUUACCUUGCGAAGAUCGUCACUCCACCUUGUCUGAUGGUGUCAACAUAGUAAUGUUAUCCCCUAACACGCUUGGUCCAUCGGUCAAUGGUUCUGCGAAAAAUAUGAACUGGGCACUGCCACUUCAGUUUGAUAAUCUGCAGGGCUACGUCGAUAACUUUAGUUCCCUGUCAGAUCACAUCAUUAUGGAUACGAUCCUUCAGAUACACGCCUUAAGCCCUUGCCAAAGCUCGCUGUGCGAUUUUAAUUUGUGGACCACCAUCCUCACCGUGAGUGUCCACGUCUCGACUUUGUACACGUAUGUCAAAACUAGCAGAACGCACUACUGAUUAAGGACUUUUUGGAAUUGACGACGAGAAGAACAAACGCAAUUUCCCAUACGUCGCUAAAUUCAGCUAUAUUCUUCUAUUGCCCUCUUUCUCCAAGGCAAACGGCGUUUCUAUCUUUGCAAAUAUAAUAAUAUGGGCCGCAUCUAUUGACCUUGUCUCUCAUAUAAAUUAGGGUCUCACUUCUCAGUUACCUGAAUAACUCCUUGAGAGUAUUUUUUAUAUUCACAAUUUACUAAUUAGACAAAAUUAAAGGUUGUCAAGACAAUAUCCAAAGUAUUUACUCGAAGCCUGCGGCGUCAUGAGUUGUUUGACUUUCGAAUUUUCUUUGAACCCAUGUUUUUCUUAAAUCUUAUACCUAUUUCAAGAUGUAUUUAUCAUUGAGUUUCAGUGUUUGAAGGUUUAUUUAAAAAAGGUUAGUUCUUGCUUUGUCCUGUUGGAUGAAAGGCCUACUCAAUUUUAUAAAUGCGAAAAAACUCUCUGUCUGCCUGUUACUUCUUCACGCUCACAACGCUUUACCGAUUUAGAUAAAAUUUGGUAUGGAGAUAGUUUCAGGUAAGAUGAAGGACAAAAUAGUUUUUAUUCAUCAUCAUCAUCCCACGAAGAAGAAGUCGCGGGAAGAUGCUAGUACUUACAUACUCAUAUCAAAUUGGGCCAUAUUUUAAAUAAUGACAAGUAAUCAUUUUACAAGUCUAAAUCAGUAAGACUGACUAUAAAGAAUAACUCAUGCUAGAAUCGUCCGAGUCAGGGCCGAGGCUUCCGACACUUGGUUUUCUAUGACAAGCGAUCGGUUAUUACGUGUUACUUUCUAUAGAUAACUGCCUGACGGCCCGAUUCGAAGAAUGAUUAAGACACGUUUAAGAUCUUUAAAAGAUCGAUAGCUAGACGACAUGUCAAAAUUGACGUUUAUUUCGAUUCCACUGUGAUACAAAUAAGAUCUAUCUACGAUAUUUCUAACGUCAAAGUGACAUUGGUUGCCCGAAUCGAGUUGCUUCUGUCAAUUAUACGACAUACAUACGAUAUCUAAAUGAGAACUUAUUUUAACCAGAACUUAUCGUUAUCGUACUUAUAUUUUUCUUCGAAUCAGGCCGUAAGUCAUCCUUAAAACGCCUCUCGUUAUAUUGAGUUAUUGACUAAGCGCAAUUCAAACGCCGUUUUACACUUGACUUGUAAGCUUGUAGCUUUAUAAAGCCUGGUUGUACAGUCAAGUGUAAAAUAUACCAAUCCACGCAACUUACUCAAAACAUGUCCCAUAGCUCUUAAUUCGCUGACAUACGAUCUAUGGGACAUAUUUUUGAGCAUCUUGUGUGCACCCAUAUUUUUACACUUGACUGUACUAGUAGCGGAAAAUUUUAAGCAGGACUUACCUUUACGAAGUGCCCUGAAAUAUAAUUAUGUUUAUAAACCAAAGUGAUGGCUCUGAUACCUGUAGAUACAUAUAUAAAUAGCGAAUAUAUAACUGUAUUAUUUUAUAUAUGAUCCGAUAACUAUUAACAACUACGUUUGUGUAUUUUAUGAAAUUAUUUGUGUAUUUUUUUCUUUGUAACCAUGAAAUUAUACAUGCUAAAAUGCUUCCAAAAAUUUGAUUCAUGGUGGUAUAGUAAAUGAAUGUAAAAUUUAAAUUCAUACAAUUAUUGUAAUAUACAAAAAAAAUGUCAUCGUAUAAAUAUUAAAUGCUACCGUAAAAACAUGUUUAAGUUAAAUGCGUUUUCCCCAGUUAAAUCUCGUUUUCCUAAAUAGCUUGGUUAAAACGUGGUUUCACUCAUUACAACUAGGUACUUUUUAAUACCUGGUUGGUUUUUACGGUAACAUUAAUAUCGUAAAUAUCAUGUCAAUAGUUAUCGAUAGUGUCAAAAUUCAGAUGUACAUAGGUACAUGCGGACCACUGUUGCUUCUCCGUGAGUAAUAAAAAAUUACGAACA